GGAUAUGUUGAUGAGAUGGAGAAGUUGAUGUGGUUUGGUUUUGUUAGUUUGUGUCAGUUCAUCUUUAACAGUGUGACAUAACUACAUGUGUCAUGCUUUGAAGGAAAGCUUAAAUAUGUAGGACACAUCUCCAACAGAGAGUUAGAGAGUGCAUUGACUUUAUGGUUAAUGGGGAUUGCAUUAGGUUUCCAUUCGAUGUUCAAUGUUCAAUGGUAUGUAUGUAGCAAGUUCCAACUAACAACUCCUCCUCCUCCUCUCUCUUCAGGAUCAAUCUCUAUGGCACUGAGAUACUCAACCCCUAACAUUAUCAUUCCAAGAGAUCCGACCAAGAAGGCAGUCAUGAGAGCUUCCAUGCUUCCCAACAAGCAAAUCACACCCAAAGCAUCAAUUCCUUUAAUCAGAUCCUGCAUGCAUAUCAAGAUUUAUGAAGAUAAGGCGAUGGGAAUAAUCUGCUAUAAAGAUGCAAAGGGAGAAGUAAUCUGCGAGGGAUAUGAUGAAGGACCACGAUACAGUAGACCGCCGCAGGAGGAAGAACACCAAGAAAGGCAGAAAGAAGUGCAGAUCCCAAGCUUCCUUCAACCAGUGAAGCCUCGCUAUGCCAAAGAAGACCCUUACUUCUGUCAGAUUGUUCGCGAGCAGUGGUAGAAGCUUGAGGACGAUGAUGAUGACGACGAGUUGGAGAUUUAUCUCGCAUGAAGACUGCUGCUUAUGAUUUGAUUUGACACUGUAAACAUGUCAUGAACUACAAAAAGGCUGUUCAUGCUGCGGAUACAAAGCUGGUUUCUGUGUACAAAAUUUCUAUGUCCAAACGAGUGAACUUAUCAUUAACCCCGAUUUGGAUUCCUUUAACGUGAAUUUUUAGAUCAUUAUGCUC